GGGGUCUGUUUGUUUAGUUUGUUCUGUUUCGCCGGCUGCGGCCCGUUUUUCCUGUCUCUCUUUCCACACUAUACUUCCGCUCACUUUCAGUUUUCCGCGGCUCUAUUUUUCCGUCUUGAUGUGUCCGUUAUCGGCUCUGUGUGUGUGAUUUCGGGUUGAUGAACGAAACAACUGUUCGCUCGUUGUUGGGAACGAGGCUAACAGGGACCACAGAAGCAGCAACAGCAUGCCGCGCUGUCUCAUGGCGAAAAAAUGGAAGGCAUACCCAUGGCCCGAUCGAGCCGAUCCUCCGGAUGAGGAAGAGGAAGAAAUAGACGUUGUGGGGGACUCACCGGCGGCCUCAUGCUGGGGCCCUUCGAGUCCCACAGCGGGGGCUACCGCGCCUAGUCCACCCCCCACGUCGCCUCACGGGACUACUCUACUCUACAACGGUUACUUUCAAGAUCCUACAACUUGCACGGCCACCUAUCUACCACGUAACGAACAGACGGGUCAGUCGCAAACUCCUUCCUAUGCGACACUGAACACGGUGAUUGAAACAAAAGCAUUCAAUUCGGAAUUCGUUCCUCCACCUCCGGAGCCUUUGCGCCAAAGAAAAUCACUAUCCAUGACCUACACCAGCACCGGGGCCACUCUUUCUCUUCCACCGAAAAAGAAAGACAUAUACAGACCGUACUCCCUCGACGAUAGACCCAUCCUCCAGUCUAUCAUCAGGGUGCCGGCCGAGGAAGAUCUGCACGCAGCGCACGCCAUUCUAGACCUGAGUGCUUCGACCACAGUGUUCUUGACAACUCCACCCGCGAUCCCGCAGCAUGAGCCGACCCACGAGGAAAUGCUGAAGCAGGAACACCAAGUCCUGGAAGCUCAACAGGACGAGAACACACCAAGCAACAUUCCAUCCUACAAAACAGGGAAGACGAUAGCCUACACCUACGAGGCGUUCUUCGUGAGUGACGGAAGAUCGAAGAAGAGACGGGUACCGGACGAUCCGACUGGCACACUGACGGCGAAAGCUGUCAAUCCCGAGAAACCCAAAUACACGUGUAGCGAAUGCGGUAAACAAUAUGCCACUUCUAGUAACCUCUCGAGGCACAAACAAACGCAUAGGAGCCUCGAUUCUCACAACGCCAAAAAGUGCAUCACUUGCGGAAAGGCGUAUGUCAGCAUGCCAGCGCUGGCCAUGCACGUUCUGACGCAUAAAUUAGCGCACCGAUGUAGUGUGUGCGGAAAACAGUUCUCCCGUCCAUGGCUCCUACAGGGCCACCUGAGAUCCCAUACCGGCGAAAAGCCUUACGGAUGUGCGCACUGCGGGAAAGCCUUCGCCGAUAGGUCGAACUUGAGGGCGCACAUGCAGACGCACUCGGUCGACAAAAAUUUCGAGUGUCUGAGAUGUCACAAGACCUUCGCUCUCAAAUCGUAUCUGAACAAGCAUCUGGAAUCUGCUUGUUUGAAGGAAGAGCCAGGGGGGGCGGUGAGUUCAGCGGAAGAGUCAGUAAUCAAAACAAUUCCAGACCCUACAGUUCCUCUUAGAGUAUAUGCUGGAUAAAAGACUGAUAAUUUCGUAUCUUGCACCACAACUCCUAGAUUGACAACGAAAUGCUCUGAUGUGUUUCACUCAUGAAACACUUCACACACCAAUCUAUACUCAAGGUGCUUGAAAUUUUGAUCCGUUGUUUUUCUUAGGGGUUACUACGAGAAUAUGAGGUAAUCGUUCUUCACUCCAAUUCUAGUCAUCUCUAGUCAGUUUGUAGAUAUUUAUAUAACAGUUAGUUCGUAGUUGGGUCACGUUAUCGAAACGCCCAGAUUAGCAAUGGUUUAUUCUUCAGAAACUAUUGAACCCCUUGUAAAUACCUUCCCUAAGAGAGAUAACACAUCGCAACACGUCCACUAAGUUAGGAUUAGAUUUAAGCUCUCUUUAACCUAUUAGGUCACCACCACUCACUGAAUGAUGUAAAUAAGUAUAUGAUUAAGCAGAGCAAGCAUCUUCGUACCGCAAAAGAAACAAGGCUAGUCAUAAACCAAAUUUUAGUUUAUUCCGAAACUGUUAAGGAAUAAUGGGUGUUUACUCACAUGUAUAUAUAAAUUAUUUAUUCCAAAUAUAACGUAACGAAUUAUUUAUUUUAAUUUUAAAAUCGUAUGAGGUUACUUUCAAGUCAGCAGUAUCCUCAGUAUCACAUUUACGCUCUAUUCAAUGAGCAGAAAGUACAAAUAUACCAAAGAAAUACUCAGAAAUGUCAACGAAAACAUGACCAACGAAAUGCUGGGCAAAAUACAUUUCAUGAACCUUUAUAUCGUUUUUCAAAUAUUUUACUAAAAACUUGCUCUAAUUUCUGUCCCAAUUCUGUGGAAUUUUUCAACUUCUGUCAGUACGAGGACUCUUGUCGAAACCAGCCUUGUUCAAAAUUCGAAUAAUGCUGUGUACUCUCCUAUCGCAUUUCAAGUUUCUAAUUUUAUUUUGAACUUUCUCGUUCUGGAGGUUUUGAGCCCAACGAACAAAAGCAAAGUUUCAUAAACAACGAAGUUAUGCAAAUAAACUAAGUAUUAUUAUAUACAUAUUUAGAUUUAGGGUGAAAUUAAGUGAGAUUCAUUGUACAUUUCUAGUCGCUGCUUCUAGUCCCGUUUCCAGAUGAAGGCAUGUCGUUUUUGCUUCAUUUCAAAGGCCACAAUAUUUCUUCGUUGUGAGCUUUCAGUUUCUACCUAACCCAACAAGAUCGGGGUUAGACCUUAAAAACAACCCUCAUUGCCAGUAUCGAAAUGAAAUCAUUUUCGCCAACGUCUUUCAAUCUUGAUUUUUCUUCCGAGUUUCUGGGAAGUUGACUUUGAGUUAGCCAUUUCAUAUUUUCAUUUCGAGAGCAUUUAGUCAAUUUUGUCCCAUUUAUAGUCAAUUAUAUUCAGUUUACCACCCUUACGGGUUUUAGAUGUGUGAACUCCAGAAUUUCAAAAAAUAUUCCAAAGAUGUUUCUUGAAUGUAUCAAACAUAGAUUUACAAUUUUAAAAGGUCGUUCAAAGUAAAUUCAACGAACAUAUAUAAUAUAGCUUAGGCCCGUAUUUUUGCAAGCGUACUUAUUAUAUUGAUAACCUUUUGGAAGAGAUAUUUAUUUAAAAGUGGCCAGUUACAUUGCUGGUCUUAAUGUAGGAAAUUUUUUGUGUAAUUCCAAAUAGUUCUUACGUAGUGGGGGCCAGUGCAAUAAUGGUCCCAGCGCUGGCCAGGCGAGUGUAUUCUAGUCAUAAGCCAGUUGAAGCCAGGAUCAGAGAAGGACGAAGUCUUCGCAGAAUGUAUUCUCAUUGUAUCGAUUCAUUUCGAAGUAGUACUCACGAUAAUGAAGAUUGCGAUCCAAGGCACGACGAAAAGAACAUAAUGAAGUUCAGUAAUUAGAUGGAUCGAUAACAAUCAAAGUAACAGUUCUGAUGGAAGCAUAUAUCUACUUUUGAGUAGCCAUGUAUGCGAAAGCUUAGGUCGUUGAACGCCAGAUGUCGCAUCGAUUUAUUUAUUACUUCGAUGUCCCCACUGACUUUCAACAAAAGGUCCCCUGCUUCAUUCAGUUGGCAUCAUUGGUUGAGUUACGCGAUACUGACGAGCUCAAACAAGAGCGAAA